CUCCAAACAUAAAAUCCCACGCCACCAUCUUUCCAACAUUAUUACACUAUUAUUCUCCUCUAUCUCCGCCGCUUCUCCUCACGCCGUCAGCGUCAACACCACUACCAACAACACUUCAAACAAACAAUAGAAUUUCGCUUAAACACCUUAUCUGCUAUGACUGUUUAAUAUAUUUUUUCUAGUAAAGUUUCCGCCUUUUCAUAUUUUCCUUCACUUUCUCUUCUGUUUUCUCAACAAAAAUGAACAAACCCUAUCUGGGUUUUUCUUUUUCUUUUCUUUCCCUUUUCCUCCUCUCGUUAACUUGUUCAGUUUAUUCUCAGUCUAGUCCAGAUGCUGCAGCCAUGCAAGCUCUCAAAACCAGCCUAGGAGACCCGGAAAGCUUGGGCUGGACCGACCCGGACUCGUGUAAUUGGAACCACGUUGCCUGUUCGAAUGGGCGCGUCACCCGGAUCCAAAUCGGAUCGCUGGGCCUGACCGGAACUCUCCCAUCGGACCUCAGCAACUUAAAAUCUCUGAUUAUAUUGGAGGUGAUGAAUAAUCAACUGAGUGGGUCUAUCCCAAGUCUUGCUGGGUUGAGUUCUCUUCAAAGAGUGCUUUUUAAUAACAACAGUUUUUCAUAUAUUCCUCCGGAUUUCUUUACUGGGUUAACUUCUUUGCAAAAUAUAUACCUUGAUUCUAAUCCCUUUCAGUCUUGGGAGAUUCCUGCGAGUUUAACAAAUGCAACGACUUUGCAGACAUUUUCUGCAAACGGGGCUAAUAUUUCAGGGACUAUUCCUGAGUUUCUUGGGGGAUCUGUAUUUCCAGGAUUAAUUAAUUUGCAUUUGGCUUUCAACAAUCUCCAUGGGCAACUUCCGGAGAGUUUUGCUGGGUCAGCAAUUCAGACACUUUGGUUGAAUGGCCAAAACGGUGACACUAAGCUCAAUGGCUCAGUUUCUAUUCUACAAAACAUGACUGCUUUGACCCAGGUUUGGCUUCAAGGCAACCAAUUUACCGGUCCUUUGCCAGAUUUAUCAGGGCUUACUGGCUUGAAUGACUUUAGCUUGAGAGAUAAUCAGUUGACUGGUAUUGUUCCUUCAUCUUUGGUUAAUCUUCCUGGACUUAAGAAGGUCAAUUUGUCUAAUAAUUUGCUUCAGGGUCCGACUCCAAAGUUUGAUAUUAGUGUGGAUAUCAGACCUGGGUCUAAUAGUUUUUGUUUAGAUACUCCUGGUGUUCCUUGUGCGAGUCUAGUUAAUAUUUUGUUAUCAAUUGCCGAAUCUGUGGGUUACCCAGUGGUGUUUGCACAGAGUUGGAAAGGAGACAAUCCUUGUGAUUCCUCUCAGACAUGGAAGGGGAUUACGUGUGAUGGUAGUGGAAACAUCACUGUUGUUAAUUUCCAAAAUUUGGGGCUUGUGGGCACAAUUUCUUCAAAAUUUUCUGAGCUGACAUCUCUGAGACAAUUGAUACUGUCUGGUAAUUCACUCACUAGUACUAUACCUACCGGGCUUACAACUUUGUCUAAACUUGAGAAGAUAGAUGUGUCAAAUAAUCGUAUUUAUGGUCAAGUGCCAAAGUUUGGACAGAAUGUGGUUGUUAACACUGCUGGGAACCCUGAUAUUGGAAAAAAUAGCAGUAGCUCCUCACCUUCUGGAGCACCAUCAGGGGGUUCAUCUGGAACUCCUGGUACUCCAAGUGGAGGAAACAGUUUGUCAGGUAGUGGGAAUAAGAAUACCGGAAUAAUUGUUGGUUCUGUGAUUGGUGCUGUUUGUGGUGCCUUUAUUAUUGGAUUAGGUGUCUGUUUGUAUACCAGGAAACGAAAGCGUUCCAAUAGAGUACAGAGUCCGCAUACUGUGGUGAUACAUCCUCAGAAUGCAGGGGACGGAAAUGGAGUGAAGAUUACAGUAACAAAUUCUAGUGUUAAUGGAGGUGGGAGUGACAGCCAUAGUCUCACAAGUAGUGGGCCUAGUGACAUUCAUGUGGUUGAGGCUGGAAAUAUGGUUAUCUCAAUCCAAGUUUUGAGGAAUGUAACUAACAACUUCAGUGAUGAAAAUAUAUUGGGAAGAGGUGGUUUUGGGACUGUGUAUAAAGGGGAAUUACAUGAUGGGACAAAGAUAGCAGUGAAGAGGAUGGGGUCUGGAAUUGUGAGUGAGAAGGGUUUGGCAGAGUUUAAGUCUGAGAUUGCAGUUCUUACCAAAGUUAGACAUCGCCAUUUGGUGGCACUUCUUGGCUAUUGCUUAGAUGGAAAUGAGAAGCUUCUUGUUUAUGAGUACAUGCCACAGGGGACCCUUAGUAGGCAUCUGUUCAACCGGAAGGAGGAGGAAUUGAAACCGCUUGAAUGGACUAGAAGGUUGACCAUUGCCUUGGAUGUUGCUAGAGGUGUUGAGUAUCUUCAUGGUUUAGCACAUCAAAGUUUUAUUCACAGAGAUCUAAAACCAUCCAACAUCCUUCUUGGGGAUGAUAUGCGGGCUAAAGUUGCAGAUUUUGGAUUGGUUCGUCUUGCUCCAGAGAACGGAAAACAAUCAAUUGAGACAAGACUUGCUGGAACUUUUGGAUAUCUUGCUCCAGAGUAUGCGGUGACUGGACGUGUAACUACCAAGGUUGACGUGUUUAGCUUUGGAGUAAUUUUAAUGGAGUUAAUUUCUGGUAGAAAAGCCCUUGAUGAAACUCAGCCUGAGGAUAGUGUGCAUCUCGCCACUUGGUUCCGCAGAAUGCAUGUUAACAAGGACACAUUCAGAAAGGCCAUUGACCAAACAAUUGAGCUGGAUGAGGAAACCCUUGCCAGUGUGAGCACUGUGGCUGAGUUGGCUGGCCACUGCUGUGCAAGGGAGCCCUACCAGAGGCCUGACAUGGGUCAUGUUGUAAAUGUGCUUUCAUCUCUGGCUGAACUGUGGAAACCGGCAGAACCUGAUUCCGAUGACAUAUAUGGAAUCGAUCUUGACAUGACCUUGCCACAAGCACUAAAGAAAUGGCAGGCAUAUGAGGGAAGCAACUACAUGGAUGACUCUUCUUCAUCAUUCCUUGCAAGUGCGGACAAUACCCAGACAAGCAUACCUACUAGACCAUCCGGAUUUGCAGAAUCAUUUACUUCAGCUGAUGGACGAUGAAGGGAAGAGUACAGAAGAAAAAUCAACAGAACAUGGUAUCUCUUGAUGGUUCUAGAAAUCUGCUUUGUUCAUUCCAUCUACCUCUUGUUUUCGACUUUCUGUGAGGUUUUUUCUAUUUUCCAAUUCCAAUAUUUUUCUGGAGACAAUGUCUUCGCCGCUUCUACAUUGUAGCUUAAAUGGUAGUUUUAUGUUUUCCCAGUGUUCUUAAGUUGUUAAAAUACAACUUCAACCUAUGAUUCUUCAAACUUAUCAGGAUGGUUAAAUUGGUGUAAAAAGAGUACAACAUUUAGCAUUUUCUUA